GGUGGCAGAUCAAAAUGCAAACACUCUGAAUAAAUAUUGUAAUUAUAAACAUACAGUGUCAAUAGGUUGUUCAGGUACAACACAAAUAGAAUUCGAGGUAGAAUAUCAAUUGCACACAUUGUAUCGUGGCGCAUCGUUCAAACCGGAAUAUUUGUUAUAGAAUUGUUUGAAUUGAUGUAGUGCAAGGAGGUUCAUUGUUAACGAUCGUUCCACAAAAACGGAAACAGUGCAAUAGAAGAUUUCAAACCAAGCUAGAAUACAUUGAAAAUAAGGGCCGAAAUGGAUAUGUUGGCCGAGCAAUGCCCAGGGCACAGCACCGGAACGGCCGCGCAUUUAUUUAUGACUUUAUUACAAGCGCUUGUUGCAUCGCAAUGCGGCAUUUCGAAUCCAGAAAUGUGGCCUGAAGAUUACGGACCAAAGCUAUCAGAUGACGCGGAAUACGAUUUCAUAGUAGUUGGGGCGGGUUCAGCAGGCUCAAAAGUCGCCGGACGGCUGAGCGAUAACCCCGAUUGGAAAAUAUUACUCGUCGAAGCCGGAGGCAAUCCGCCAGUUAACUCAGAAAUUCCGGGACUUCUAUUCUCAAUUCAGAAUACGAAAGAUGACUGGCAAUAUUACACAGAACCAAGUCAAGACUACUGCAUAAGCUUCAAGAAUGGAAGAUGUUUUUGGCCACGAGGAAAGAUGCUAGGAGGAUCGUCUGGAAUGAAUGCAAUGCUUUAUAUUAGAGGAAACAGAAAGGAUUACGAUACAUGGGAAGAACAAAACAAUCCAGGCUGGGGAUAUGAUGACGUAAUAAAGUAUUUCAAGAUGUCGGAGGAUUUUAGGGCCUCCCAAAUAACAGGGGCAGACCAUGAAAAAUAUCAUGGAAAAGGUGGCGGACUGAAAAUCGAUAUCUUUGAUAAUAAGGAACCCUUUAAAAAGCAUUUAAUAUCAGCAGCGGAGGAGCUUGGCUAUUCUUAUUUAGAUGAUAUAAACGGAGAUGUACCAAUAGGAUUUUCUUCAGCUCAAGGUACAUUAGAUCGUGGUACAAGAUGCAGUUCUGCUAAAGCUUUCUUAAAGCGCAAAGAUAAUUUGCAUAUAGUCAAACAUGCACAGGCAACAAAAAUUCUUUUCGACAAAGAACGAGCUACAGGCGUAGAACUUAUUAUUAAUGGAACGAUUCGUAGCGUCAAAUCUAGAAAGGAAAUCGUCAUAAGUGCAGGAGCUAUAAAUUCUCCUCAAAUCUUACUAUUGAGCGGUAUAGGUCCAAAAGAGCAUUUGCAACGAAUGAAUAUAAAAUUAAAAUUAGAUUUACCAGUAGGAGAAAAUUUGCAAGAUCAUUUUAUAGUUCCUUUAUGGUUAUCGGUAAAUAAAGAAAAAUCUAUAGAAAUUCCACAAGAAAUGAUUAUUGACGCCUUGUAUAUGUACUUUAUGCAUCGCAAGGGUCCACUGGCAGGCACAGGCUUGACCGAUCUAGUCGGUUUUAUAAAUACUGAAGAUCAGAAUGCAAAGUAUCCAAAUAUACAACUACAUUUCAUGUUUUGCAGGAAAAAAGAUCCUUUGCUGCUUCCUGACCUGAUCAAUAAAAUAGGCUAUCAAGAUGAUGUAGCAGAAUUAUUAUUAGAAGAAAACAAAAAAAAUGAUAUCGUCUUAAUAAUACCAACGUUACUAAAUCCGAAAUCUGUAGGUAAAAUUCAACUCAAAAAUAAUAAUUCUACAGAACCUCCAGCAAUAUAUCCAAAUUAUCUGAGUCAUCCCGAUGACAUGAAAACUAUUAUAGAUGGAAUUAAGUUUGUACAGAAGUUUGUUACGACGGAGGCACUGCUUGAACAGAAUUCUGAAUUGAUAGAUUUAAAGUUAUCGAACUGCAUAAAAACGGUUAAAUUUAGCGACGAAUAUUGGCAGUGCGUAGCUCGUAAUACAGGGACGACCCUGUAUCACCCGGCUGGAACGGUCAAAAUGGGUCCGAAAGACGACCCUAGCGCUGUUGUGGACAGUCAGCUGAGGGUGCACGGAAUCAAGGGACUCCGGGUUGCUGACACGAGCAUCAUGCCAAACAUAGUCAGCGGAAACACUAACGCCCCGGCGAUAAUGAUCGGCGAAAAGGCGGCGGAUAUGAUAACGAACAGCUGGACGAUACAGCAUUCAGAACUAUGA